AAAUCUAAACGGCUUGGGGCUAUAAAGAGUUUAUGGGCGUUUCACGCGUAAAUGUAGGAAUUAUUGUCGCUCUAUAGCUAGUAAAGAGACAGAAGUAAAGCAGUCUUAGUCUCAGUGCAGUGGACUAAGUCCAGUGAUCUUUACAACUAUGCCAUGCUGCCUCUAAUCCUUACCCACUUUUAUUUUUUUUCCCACAUGCUGAUAAUGAGGACUCAUGGGUCUUGAGUCAGAGCACCAGCCGUGGGGACCCUGGACCUCUGUCAUGGAGACUGAGAGUGAGCAGAACUCCAACUCCACUAAUGGUGGUUCUAGCUCAGGGGGCAGCUCUCGGCCCCAGAUAGCUCAAAUGUCACUGUACGAGCGGCAAGCAGUGCAGGCUCUGCAGGCACUGCAGCGGCAGCCCAACGCGGCUCAGUAUUUCCACCAGUUCAUGCUCCAGCAGCAGCUCAGCAAUGCUCAGCUGCAUAGUCUGGCCGCCGUCCAGCAGGCCACCAUUGCUGCUAGUCGGCAGGCCAGCUCCCCCAGCACCAGCACCACACAGCAGCAGUCUACCACCACCCAGGCCUCAAUUAAUCUGGCCACCACGUCGGCCGCCCAGCUCAUCAGCCGAUCCCAGAGUGUGAGCUCUCCUAGUGCCACCACCUUGACCCAAUCUGUGCUCCUGGGGAACACCACCUCCCCACCCCUCAACCAGUCCCAGGCCCAGAUGUAUCUACGGCCACAGCUGGGAAACCUGUUGCAGGUAAACCGGACCCUGGGCCGGAAUGUGCCUCUAGCCUCCCAACUCAUCCUGAUGCCCAACGGGGCUGUGGCUGCAGUUCAGCAGGAGGUGCCAUCUGCCCAGUCUCCUGGAGUGCAUGCAGAUGCAGAUCAGGUGCAGAACUUGGCAGUGAGGAACCAACAGGCCUCAGCCCAAGGAACCCAAAUGCAAGGCUCAGCUCAGAAGGCCAUUCCUCCUGGAGCCUCUCCUACCUCUAACCUUUCCCAGGCAUCUAGCCAGGCCCUUGCUGUGGCUCAGGCUUCCUCUGGAACCACUGGCCAGUCCCUCAACCUCAGCCAAGCUGGUGGAGGCAGUGGGAAUAGCAUCCCAGGAUCCAUGGGUCCAGGUGGAGGUAGCCAGGCCCCUGGGGGCUUGGGUCAGUUGCCUUCUUCAGGAAUGGGUGGUGGAAACUGUCCCAGAAAAGGCACAGGCGUGGUACAGCCCUUGCCUACAGCCCAAACCGUGACUGUGAGCCAGGGCAGCCAGACAGAGGCAGAAAGUGCAGCAGCCAAGAAGGCAGAAACAGAAGGGAGUGGUCAGAACGUGGGCAUGAACCUGACACGGACAGCAACACCUGCUCCCAGCCAGACUCUCAUUAGCUCAGCCACCUACACCCAGAUCCAGCCCCAUUCGCUGAUUCAGCAACAGCAGCAGAUCCACCUGCAGCAGAAGCAGGUGGUGAUCCAGCAGCAGAUCGCCAUCCACCACCAGCAGCAGUUCCAGCACCGGCAGUCCCAGCUUCUCCACACAGCCACGCACCUCCAGCUGGCCCAGCAGCAACAGCAGCAGCAGCAGCAGCAAGCUACCACCCUCACUGCCCCUCAGCCACCACAGGGCCCACCCACUCAGCAGGUCCCACCUCCCCAGGCCCAGCAGCAAGCCCAGACCCUGGUUGUUCAACCCAUGCUGCAGUCUUCACCUCUGUCCCUCCCACCCGACCCAACUCCCAAGCCACCCAUCCCCAUCCAAUCCAAACCCCCUAUAGCACCGAUCAAGCCUCCUCAAUUAGGGGCUGCUAAGAUGUCUGCUACCCAUCAACCACCACCUCACAUCCCGGUGCAAGUUGUAGGUACCCGGCAGCCAGGUACAGCCCAGGCACAGGCAUUGGGGUUGGCACAGCUGGCAGCUGCUGUGCCUACUUCCCGGGGAAUGCCAGGGGCAGUGCAGUCAGCUGGUCAGGCCCAUCUGGCCGCCUCACCCCCUUCAUCCCAGGCUCUUGGUGCGCUGCAGGAGUGCUCUCCUACAUUGGCCCCUGGGAUGACGCUUGCCCCCAUGCAGGGGACAGCGCAUGCUGUAAAGGGCGGUGCAACAACCUCCUCACCCGUUGUAGCCCAGCUUCCUGCUGCCUUCUACAUGCAGUCUGUGCACCUCCCGGGUAAGCCCCAGACAUUGGCUGUGAAACGCAAGGCUGAGUCUGAAGAAGAGAGAGAAGAUGUCUCUACAUUGGUUUCAAUGCUUCCUGCUAAGGCAUCUCCAGUAGCCGAGAGCCCCAAGGCCUUGGAGGAGAACAGUCUUGUAGAGAAAGCUGAGCCAUUGGCUGGUGUAAAUGCUAACACCCCAAGCAGUGAACUCGGCACCUCGACGCCAGCCCCAUCAGCACCACCUACACUCGCCAUGGUGUCCAGGCAGAUGGGGGACUCCAAACCCCCACAGGCCAUUGUGAAGCCCCAGAUUCUCACCCACAUCAUCGAAGGCUUCGUUAUCCAGGAAGGAGCAGAACCUUUCCCGGUGGGAUGUUCUCCAUUGCUGAAAGAGUCUGAGAAGCCACUACAGCCAGGUCUCCUGACAGAACCGAAUGAGAAUCCAUCAGGUGAACCCUUGGGAGGGGACAGCCCAUCUGCCGAACUAGAUAAGAAGGCAAAUCUCCUGAAGUGCGAGUACUGUGGGAAGUACGCCCCUGCAGAGCAGUUCCGAGGCUCCAAGAGGUUUUGUUCCAUGACAUGUGCCAAGAGGUACAACGUGAGCUGUAGCCACCAGUUCCGACUGAAGAGGAAAAAAAUGAAAGAGUUUCAGGAAGCCAACUAUGCUCGAGUUCGCCGGCGGGGCCCUCGGCGCAGCUCCUCCGAUAUCGCCCGUGCUAAGAUCCAGGGCAAGCGCCAUCGGGGUCAAGAGGACUCUAGUCGGGGUUCAGAUAAUUCGAGUUACGAUGAAGCACUCUCUCCAACGUCUCCUGGGCCUUUAUCCGUGAGAGCGGGGCACGGAGAACGUGACCUGGGGAACUCCAAUACCGCUCCGCCAACACCAGAACUACAUGGCAUCAACCCCGUGUUCCUGUCCAGUAACCCAAGUCGUUGGAGUGUUGAGGAGGUGUAUGAGUUUAUUGCUUCUCUACAAGGCUGCCAAGAGAUUGCAGAAGAAUUUCGCUCCCAGGAGAUUGAUGGACAGGCUCUUUUAUUACUUAAAGAGGAACACCUUAUGAGUGCCAUGAACAUCAAACUGGGCCCUGCCCUCAAGAUCUGCGCCAAGAUCAAUGUCCUCAAGGAGACCUAAUGUGCCCUCUGCACAAACCAGCCUCAGACCCUCCUUACCGCCCAGCUCACACACUUUUACAGGAAAGAGCUGUCCUGAUUCUAUAAACCUUCUCCAGAGGGGAUUGCCGAGACAGGGGAGACGAGUGCAAGGACUGGUUGCUGGUGCUGCAUGUGUGGCAGCAGCCUUUGAAUUUUCUCUGGGUUCUACUUUAUUUUAAAGUCUUCAGUUCUCGCCUUCUCCACUGACCCUCCUUCUGUCUUUAUAAACGUGGCAGUCUAGUGCCAGGGCUGCGCAGCCUUAUCCUGGAGUGGAGCAUCUAGCCAGGACCGCAGUUCUUUUCGGGGGAUAUACGAUAUCGUUUGGAAAGGAAAUGGGUGGGAUAUAGGUUUGCCCUCAGGAGAGAGGGGUAGGGUUUUCUAGCUUGUGUGACAACAAGUAGCAAAAUGGGCCAUACAUACCCCACUCCUCUUCCCUUUCGAUUGUCCCACUGUACCUGUGGCCCAGAGUGUACGUUAUUGUCACUCACUCCCUUAGAAUUGAACAUUUUCACCUGCGUCCAUAGCAGGGUCAACAGCCAGUCACUUGACUGGCACCUUUCUGAUUUGCUGCAGGGACUAAAAGUGUUUAACUGGCAUGUGUGGCCACUGUUAUUCUUUCUGCAUCCCCGGCUCCCCUCCAAUUUCAACUCUGCUCUGUCCUAUAGCUUUAUAAAACAGGAGUGUGUGGGACUAAGGCAAGGCAUAUAUAAGUAUCUGCUUUAGGCCCUAGUCCGUGUACAACAAAAAUACUAAUUAUUUUUUUCCUCCUCAGUAAAAGGAUUGAAAAUCAGCCUCAGUGGUCGUACUCUAUUGCCAUAGCUAACUUCUUCUCACUUCACAUGAACGACUAGGCCAACUUUUUUUUUUUUUUCAUUUUAUUUUAACCUUGGUUUUUUUUAUACAAAAGUGUAGGCUUUUUCAUUUUAAAACACCAUGGUGUGAAGGAGGGAUGCAAAUAAAAAAGUGUUGCUUUUA